AUGUCGCUGAAUAGCUACGUCGAAAAAAGAGUCUGCAUCAUCACCACCGACGGGCGCAACUUAGUCGGCGUGCUCUCGGCACAUGACCACACCACCAACCUGGUCCUGAAAGACACAGUCGAGCGAGUUAUCCGCUCACCGGACGAUGGCGAGCCCUCGGCUGAGGUGCCACUGGGCCUUUACAUCAUCCGCGGGGAGAAUGUGUGCCUGGUGGGGCUGGUCGAUGAGGCGCUUGACCGGAGCAUCAACUGGGCCGAGGUGAAGGGCGCCGUCAUCGGGACCACGAAGCAUUGA